CACUCAUCCGGGGAAGUCUGGCGUCAUCAGGGUGCGAGUUCGCGCGUGUCGACGUCAAUAUCAAGCGACGUCCAUUUUGUAAACAUUACAACAGCUCGACUGGCGUUGUCAAUGCGAAUAUGGAUAAUCUCGUCAAAGUGCACGGUGGUGGUGCCAACUACGAUUCAGAUUUCAGUGACGAUGAGACACAAGGAGAGACCUCGGAAAGCAGACUUAAAAGGAAACAUGAAGAGGAAAUUUUACAGAAGCCAUUCGGGAAAGCUCGACACUCUCAGGUGGCUCACCGCACCUUUCACUCCAAUGAACUGGACAGAGAGGAAGCCAGGAAUAGAAGAGCCCACUUGAUAUCACUGACUGCUUUUGAGCGACAUAAGAAGUUUGUCGGCGACUACAUACUUUAUUAUGGAGGACAUAUGGCCGACUUCAAACGCUCCGUAGCCAAAGACAAAACAGACUCAGAUGUUCUACGUGAGAAUCAUCGCUUCCUCUGGAGGGACGAAGAUGAAGAGGACAUGACGUGGGAGAAAGAAUUGGCGAAGAAGUAUUACGACAAGCUGUUUAAGGAGUACUGCAUAGCUGAUCUCAGUCGAUACAAAGAAAACAAGUUUGGAUUCCGCUGGAGGACAGACAGCGAGGUGGUCUCGGGCAAAGGUCAGUUCCAGUGUGGGAACAAACGCUGCGAGAAGCAGGAAGGCCUAAAAAGCUGGGAGGUGAAUUUUGCCUAUGUGGAACAGGGCGAGAAGAGGAAUGCGUUGGUCAAACUGCGACUUUGCCCGGAAUGUUCUUUCAAACUCAACUACCACCACAAACGGAAAGAGGUGAAAGCAAAGAAGAUGUUAAGGAAAGAACCAGAAGAGAACCAGGAGCCAUCGCAGAAAAAGACAAAGAAGAGAUCAUUGCCACGCUCCAAGAAGCACAAACACCGGAGGCACAGGGAACGAUCCGGCUCCUCCAGCAGCUCGGAGGAGUCGCAGGGCAAAGAAUCUGAACCAGAGGACGAGCCCGAGUGUCGGAGCGAGUCGGACCACUGGCGAGGACCGGCACCGGCAGUGGAGGAAAAGUCAAGGGAGGAAGAGUUUGACGACUACUUUGAAGACUUAUUUCUCUAAACGGCGACAUGGCGGGCAAGCAGCGUCGCCGCAAUCAAGUAUUUUGUGUAUUUUUGACUGGUGCAUAAAUAAAACCCAAUUUCAACGUCA